AUCAACUCAGAGUGAUUGGGUGAACAGAACAUCCGUCGUGGACAACAAACACCCUCGCGUCGCCAAAAUCGAAGCCACCCAGCAGUCGCCAGAAACCCACUUGAAGUGUAUGGCUAUGCCGAGCCCUAUAAAGCUGGCCUAGACGCUGGCAAAGAAGAUACAAAAUGGGUAGGCCUUAAAGCUGGUUUCGAGGUCGCCCAGCAACUAGGAUUCUAUCGAGGGUGUGUGGACGCGUGGAAUUCUGCAAUUCGAAUCCAACAGAAACAGUUUCUGAUUCGGGUUUGUAGAGAUUGCAAGCGAUUUGCGCCAUUUUGGGUGUCAAAUCCGAGUGUAAUGGCUAUCCGAAAUCGGCUUCAGAUGGAAAAGAUAUUGAGUUUUGGUUUGAUUUUUGUGAAGAUUGGUGGAAUUUCUGAGUUCGUUAGAUGAUUGUUUGGUCUUAUAUGUUAUACACAUAAAUCUGCAUCUUCUGACUACUAAAUGAUAUCAUUUUGUGCAGCCAGUGAGCUGCAGUAAAGAGAGAAAUGUCAAAAUUGGUUCUUGCUUGCUGCAAGGUUUACAUUUCUGAAAGCAGAAACAAGGUUGCACUGGAGUCAAUUGAACGAGCUGCCAAGCUCUUCCCUGAUGCACCCAUUAUCAACAAGUUCACGGAUGAUGUUUACAACAGAGUAGGAUAUACCCUUGUUUCCAAUCUCCCAUUAAAGCCAUCUGGAAAGCCAUGUUCCCUCAGAAGUGCUGUCCUGAACAUGAUUAAGGCUGCAUUUUCGUCGAUCAACUUCGACUCGCAUUGUGGCAGCCACCCUCGACUCGGAGUUGUGGAUCAUAUAUGCUUUCAUCCCUUGGCUUCUGCUUCCUUGGAUGAUGCUGCUAUGAUUGCAAGGUCUCUGGCAGCUGAUGUUGGAUGUGGUCUACAAGUCCCAACAUUUCUCUACGGAGCAGCUCAUGAAGAAGGAAGGAAGCUAGCCACAAUCAGAAGAGAACUUGGCUAUUUCAAGCCAAAUUCCGAUGGCUUACAAUGGGCUGGAGGGCUGCAAUCAGAUCCAUUGCCAGUGAACCCAGAUGAGGGUCCAGCUAAAGCAAGUAAAGCAACAGGCGUUGUGGUAAUUGGAGCAACAAAGUGGGUUGAUAACUACAACGUCCCCAUUUUCACCACCAACAUCGCUACUACUCGUAAAAUCUCAAAGCAAGUGAGCGAGCGAGGAGGCGGGCUUCCAUCUGUUCAAGCAAUGGCUCUUGCUCAUGAUGAAGGCGUAAUCGAAGUGGCUUGUAAUUUGCUUGAACCAACUGAAGUGAGCGGCAAAAUGGUGCAGCUGGAAGUUGAAAGGCUUGCACAAAACGAGUGCUUAGCUGUGGGGGAAGGAUACUUCACAGACCUCUCGCAGGAGGCUAUAAUUCAAAGGUACCUCAAAUUGCUUUCUGGGUAAUCUCGAGCAUUACAUUUCAUCUAUUUGUACAUCAUAUAUAUCUCAAAUUUCAAUGUUUUGAUCUUCAAAGUAUGUGAUUUUAAACAUUCUCUGUAAUCUUGAUUGGUUCUUUUACCUUCUUUUUGAAUGUUUAUAAUACUAAUUCAUCGAGCUUGAAGAUGAACAAUUCCAGACAACAUUUGAUGAAG